ACAAGAGAAAGAAAGAAGAUCAAAGCAAGGUUUGCGUUUGGAAGAGAGUGAAGAGAGAGAAAAUAUAGUACUAACUUAACUCUUGCAGUGUGAGAAGGUAAAGGGAAAUACAAGAGUUUGGUAAGAGUGGUUUACGAGUUAUGACGAUUUGAUCGAAGGAGUGUAAUGCAUUAAAAGCCACCGUUUGGAAUUUUAAUUCUCUUCCAUAUAUAUAGGAUUUGCUCAACUCAACAACAGAUUCAAGAUUCAGACACAACAUUUACGUUGUUUAGUUUCUUUGUCUGUAACCGUCGUUUUGGGUAGCGGCGUUACAUUAAAAGAAGUGAGUAGUAGUAAUUUUUCUUGCCUCUGAAACUGUUAAAGAUGGAGUGGUCUGCUUGUACGGACGAGUACGAGAAGCUUGUUUUUCGUAUGAGCACUCCCAGGGUUGUCAUUGACAAUGCGGUUUGCACCAAUUCAACUAUAGUGAAGUUUGAUAGUGCUAGAAAGCAUGGAAUUCUUUUGGAAGCGGUGCAGAUUCUCAGCGAUCUGAACCUUUUCAUUAAGAAAGCAUAUGUUUCCUCUGAUGGCAGAUGGUUCAUGGAUGUUUUUCAUGUUACGGAUCAAGAUGGAAAUAAGUUGACAGAUGAGAGUGUUUUGAAGUAUAUUGAACAGUCACUUGGUAGCAUUCACAAUGGAAAAAUCAAUCAUAGAAAUGGUCUCACUGCUUUGGAAUUAAAGGGGACGGAUCGUGUUGGUCUUCUUUCUGAAGUGUUUGCAGUAUUGGCUGAGUUUCAAUGCGAUGUGGUUGAGGCUAAAGUUUGGACACAUAAUGGCCGGACUGCUUCGUUAAUUUAUGUUAAGGAUUGCACCUCUGGAACCUCUAUUGAAGAUUCUCAGAAAAUUAGUCGGCUCGAAGCACGUUUGAGAUAUGUUUUACAAGGAGAUAGUGAUAUCAGGAGUGUAAAAACAUCUAUCUCUGAUGUUGUUAUUCACCCUGAAAGAAGGCUCCACCAGAUGAUGUUUGCCGACCGUGAUUAUCAGAAGAGUCCGAUUUUAAAGUUCACUUCAGAAACACCGUUAGUGACUGUUCAAAAUUGGGCUGAAAGGGGUUAUUCGGUUGUUAAUGUCCAGUGCAAGGAUCGCGUCAAGUUAUUGUUUGAUGUUGUGUGCAAUUUGACAGACAUGGAAUAUGUUGUGUUCCAUGCAACUAUCAACACAAGGAUUGAUCAAGCAUACAUGGAGUUUUAUAUAAGACAUAAGGAUGGCACCCCGAUUAGUUCAGAACCGGAGCGUCAACGGGUGAUUCAAUGCUUGCAAGCGGCUGUAGAGAGAAGAUCAUGUGAGGGUGUUAGACUAGAGUUAUCAACGGAAGACAGACAAGGGCUUCUAGCCGAGGUGAUGAGAACGUUCCGAGAGAACGGGUUGAAUGUGACUAGGGCAGACAUAACCACGACCGGUGACCUGGCCGCAAAUGUUUUCUACGCAACAGAUGCCAUUGGAUACCCGGCUGACCAAAAAAUCAUCGAGUCGGUUAGAGAGAAAAUUGGGUUAAGCAAUUUAAAAGUGAAGGAGUUGCCUAUUGUAAGUCAUGAGAAGGCAGGGAGGGAAGAUCAAUCAGUUGGAGUUGGCGGGGCAGUGCUAUUGUCCCUUGGGAGCAUUGUGAGAAGGAAUCUAUACAAUUUGGGUUUAAUCAAAUCUUGUUCUUGAAGCAGAAAGAUAAGGGCGUGGGGGAAUUUUUUGAGUGUGGAAGAUAUUCACAACUUUUUAUAGCAUAAUAUUCCUUGCUUCAGGUUUGGUCUUUGUACAUAUAAAAGGUAAAAUGGUGAUAAGUUUGUGUUUUUACUUCACUUGGUUGGGUUGGAUUUAUUUGGUAUUGUGAUAUAGAAUUUGAUUCUUUGGUGGCAUAGAAAGGAAGAUUAGGUAGAGAGAGGAACAAUUUGGAUUGGGUUGAUACAGCACUUUGUACAUAACGAUGGUUCAGUUAUUAUUAGUAUUAAUUUAAGUAGUU